ACAAACAUCCAAAUCCCACAAAGGAAAGCAAAGAAAAAAAAAACCCCUUUGAUCAUCAAUCAAACAUGAACAGCUUUGACAACUUGAACGACAAUAAUAAUAAUAAUGGUGAAUACACACAGAAAUGGAAUCUAGAUCCCGACAUGAUCGAUGUCAUGGUUGAAGUACCAAUAAUCAACGACAAAAAAGGGAGCUUUAAAACAAGGGAUGAACAACAACGACAUGGGGCUUCAAGGCCUGCAGGGAUGAGGCUUGGAAGAAGACAAUCCAAAGCUGAAAGAGGUUUUAAGAGCUUGAGAUUUCUCGAUCAUUCCGUGACCGGCAGAGAAGUCGAUGCUUGGAGAGCAAUCGAGCAUCGAUUCCAUCAACAUGCUAUUGAUCAUAGGCUUCCUAGAGAUAAAUUUGGACUUUGCAUAGGAAUGGGAGGAGAUUCAAAGGAUUUUGCAGGUGAAUUAUUUGACACAUUGAUGAGAAGAAGGAGGCUAUGUUUAGGAGGUGGUAUUACAUUGGAAGAGUUACAUGGUUUUUGGGAAGACAUAACUAACCAAGAUAUGGAUUUUCGUUUACAAAUAUUCUUUGAAAUGUGUGACAAAAAUGGUGAUGGCAAGCUUUCAGAGUCAGAAGUAAAGGAGGUGAUAAUCUUGAGUGCAUCUGCAAACAAGUUAGGAAAUCUCAAAAGCCAAGCAGGUUAUUAUGCAUCAAUGAUCAUGGAAGAGCUCGAUCCGGACCAUCUUGGAUAUAUAGAGUUGUCACAACUUGAAGCUCUAUUGAGGGAAGUCAUGGUAUUUGAUCAAGAUAACAGCAAGGUUAUGGGUAAAAGGACAUGUACUCUUACAAGAGCCAUGAUUCCAAAAAGAUACAGAACUCCAGUGAGCCGAGUCAUAUCAAGAACCGUCGAGCUCGUCCACGACAAUUGGAAGAGGAUAUGGGUGAUCGUAGUGUGGUUGGCGAUAAACGUGUUGUUAUUCCUUUGGAAGUUUAAUGAAUACAAGAAACACAAGGGAUUCAAAAUAAUGGGAUAUUGUCUUUGUGCUGCAAAAGGUGGAGCUGAGACAACCAAAUUCAACAUGGCUCUAGUCUUAUUGCCAGUUUGUAGAAGUACACUCACAAGUCUUAGGUCAACAUUCCUAAGUAAAAUAAUCCCAUUUGAUGAUAAUAUAAACUUCCACAAAGUAAUUGCAGUAGGGAUAGUAAUUGGGACAUGUAUUCAUGUGUUUAUGCACAUAUCUUGUGAUUUUCCAAGGAUAAUUGGUUGCCCUAGAGAGAAAUUUAUGCUACUUCUUGGCCCUAAUUUCAAUUAUCAUCAACCAAGUUAUCAAGAUUUGGCGAAAAGUAUACCUGGGGUUUCUGGGGUUUUCAUGUUGAUUAUUAUGGGAAUUUCAUAUGUUUUGGCCUCACAUCAGUUUAGAAGAAAUGUUAUUCAGUUGCCUUCACCUUUACAUCAUUUGGCUGGCUUCAAUGCAUUUUGGUAUUCUCAUCAUUUGCUUAUUGUGGUUUAUGUUCUCUUCAUAAUACAUGGAUACUACCUCUUCUUGAUCACUCAAUGGUACGUCAAAUCGACAUGGAUGUAUUUAGCAAUCCCAAUGUCUUUAUAUGCUAGUGAGAGACUUCUUGCAUCAGUUGCUGAGCUAAAGCAUAGUGUUGACAUUAUUAAGGCAGUGAUAUAUACAGGGAAUGUUCUUGCACUAUAUAUGACAAGACCUCAAGUUUUUAGAUAUAGAAGUGGAAUGUAUCUUUUCAUCAAGUGUCCAGAUAUAUCAAGUUUUGAAUGGCAUCCGUUCACUAUAACUUCUGCCCCAGGAGAUGACUACUUGAGUUGUCAUAUUAGAACAUUAGGAGAUUGGACUGCAGAGCUUUAUUACAGGUUCGCAAAGGUAUGUGAAAUGGAGAAAAAUGUACAAGCAAGAAGGGGAAGUCUAGUCAAAAUGGAAACUAAAGCAUAUGCUGCUGAUAGCUAUUCUCAAUUAAGAUAUCCAAGAAUUGUGAUAAAAGGGCCAUAUGGUGCUCCAGCACAAGAUUACAAAAAGUAUGAUAUUCUUCUCCUUAUAGGGCUUGGAAUUGGGGCAACUCCAAUGAUCAGCAUUAUAAAAGAUGUUUUAAACUCCAUCAAGCCAAUUGACAAUCAUAGCGAUUCAGUACACAAACGACAUUCGCUGAAGACCAAUAGAUGUGGCCCCGAAAGAACAUACUUUUAUUGGAUUACAAGAGAACAAGGCUCAUUUGAAUGGUUCAAAGGUGUUAUGAAUGAUAUAUCUGAAUAUGAUCAUGAUCAUGUAAUAGAAAUGCAUAAUUACUUGACUAGUGUUUAUGAGGAAGGAGAUGUAAGAUCUGCUCUUAUUACCAUGGUGCAAAAGCUCCAACAUGCUAGGAAUGGAGUUGACGUUCUUUCCGAAAGUCGGAUACGAACUCAUUUUGCUAGACCAAAUUGGAGGAAGGUGUUUACGGAAUUGGCAAAUAAUCACAUGGCUUCGCGUGUAGGUGUGUUUUAUUGUGGAAGUGCUACACUUACCCAAACAUUAAGGAAACUAUGUCAAGAGUUUAGCUUAAGCUCAACAACUCGUUUUCACUUUCACAAGGAGAAUUUCUAGACACAUUGAGAUGAAAUUUGAAGUGUGUAGUAGCCUUUAAUGUGUAAGUAAAAGGAUGUUAUUACCAUAUCAUGCAUGUAUAACUCAAAAGUUUUGUGUAGCUGUGAAAAUUGAAUGUCUCACUUUGUUUUUAAAUAUAUUGUGUAUAUAUAAACAAAGAAAAACAGAAUUCCAAGCAUUUAAUUUAUAGUUAGUUGUUAUUGAUGGUGUUUAAAUAUACCAUUUGUUAUACAUA